CUUGCGCAAGUCUCGCGUUCGUAGUUACUCUGUUGACUUCGAGAGGCAGUCAGUACAGCGACUCAACGCGCGCGCGCACCAAAAAGAAUACGUUCGAAAAAAAUAAAUAAACAAAUUAUCUCUAGUCAUUUAAUUGAACGAGUGUAAAAAUUACGAAGUGUAUUUGUGAGUUGUACAGUACGUACACAGGGACAUGUUCUGUGGUCCUGGUACCGAAGGAAUGAAAUGAAGCAGAGAACUGCCGGUUCAUCACGAAAAAGACCUGUGCUGCUUGGGAAAAUCGUCAUACACUGGAUCUUCAAUAAGGCAGAUCUAGCGAACAUCGUUCCCCGGUUCGUUUGAUUCACCCAUGUUUAUUUUGUAUGCGUGUCAUUUACACGUCCGAUCAUCGAUGAACAGCAGUGUUGACUUUUUUGAAAGUCUCAUUGACGAAGACGGCCGUUUUGCUGAAUUAAAUUGUCAGGAACCUGUUCGACGCAACAGGUCACGACAGCGGUCAUUAAUUCAAGCGGAAACCAUUAAUAAUGGUGGAGGUUUAUCACUGUCCCCACCACACACGAUAUCUCAGCGUGAGACAGGCACACAGGUAUCACAAUGCUACAGUGGACCACCAUCACCAAGUGGAUCAACAAGUUCCACGCCUUUACCUACAGCUUCUCCAGUGCCUCCCCCAGGCACAGCCACCCUUGACCCUAAUUGGCAAGCUACCAAACAUACUGUCAGAGAAAGGAAUGCAGCUAUGUUUAAUAACCAAUUAAUGUCUGAUAUCAAGUUCAUUGUAGGUAGUCCAGGGAACAUACAAGUAAUACCUGCACACAAGUAUGUAUUAGCGACAGCUAGCUCUGUGUUUUAUGCUAUGUUUUAUGGAGGACUUGCAGAGUGCAAGCAAGAAAUAGAAGUGCCUGAUGUUGAACCAUCAGCAUUCUUAACAUUACUCAAAUAUGUAUACUGUGAUGAAAUACAAUUAGAAGCAGACACAGUUUUAUCAACACUGUAUGUUGCAAAGAAAUACAUUGUACCAUACUUAGCAAGAGCUUGUGUCAGUUACUUGGAAACUAGUCUAACAGCAAAAAAUGCAUGUCUACUUCUUAGCCAGUCACGAUUAUUUGAGGAACCAGAAUUGAUGCAGAGAUGCUGGGAAGUGAUAGAUGCUCAGGCUGAGAUGGCCCUAAAUUCUGAAGGAUUUGUAGACAUUGAUGUGUCUACUUUAGAAUCAGUAUUAGCACGCGAAACACUAAACUGCAAGGAAAUAAAUUUAUUUGAAGCUGCAUUAGCAUGGGCAAAUGCAGAAUGUGGCCGAAGGGAAAUCGAACCGACGCCAAUAAACAAGAGAGCUAUGCUUGGUAGUGCCAUAUACCUCAUAAGAUUUCCAACUAUGACAUUAGAAGAGUUUGCAAAUAGUGCAGCACAACUUGGGAUUUUGACGCCGCAGGAAACUAUCGACAUAUUUUUGCAUUUUACUGCAUCUAGCAAACCACAACUGUCAUAUCCAAUCAAAGCAAGAGCUGGAUUAAAAGCUCAGAUCUGUCACAGAUUUCAAUCAUGUGCAUACAGAAGUAACCAGUGGAGAUACCGUGGUCGAUGUGAUUCUAUACAAUUUUGUGUAGACAAGAGAAUAUUUGUUGUUGGUUUUGGAUUAUAUGGAUCUUCAAAUGGAGCAGCAGAUUAUAAUGUUAAAAUUGAAUUGAAGCGCCUAGGAAGAGUAUUGGCCGAAAAUAACACAAAAUUUUUCUCAGAUGGUUCAAGUAAUACCUUUCAUGUAUAUUUUGAGAACCCGAUACAAAUAGAGCCUGAAACAUAUUAUACAGCUUCAGCAAUAUUAGAUGGAAGUGAACUAAGUUAUUUUGGACAGGAAGGACUCAGUGAAGUGUAUAUGGGUACAGUAACUUUCCAAUUUCACUGUUCAUCCGAGAGUACUAAUGGUACAGGUGUUCAAGGAGGUCAAAUACCAGAACUAAUUUAUUAUGGCCCAACAGUGAAUACCACAAUGACUAACUCGAAUACAACUGAGGACUGACAAUUGGGAAGAACGCGCCCUAUCAAUUAUUACUCUGUGUAAUGCAAGGUGGAAAAAUUUAAUUAGAACGCUCAAUUAUACUCUCACAAAGGUUCAAUUCAUAUAUUUAUACUUAACCAUUCCCAAAUGUUAAAAUUGUUUUGUUGAAAAUAUGUAAGAGUUCUUGUGUAUAUUGUUGAACUUGAAUAGGCUUUAAGAGAACCUUAAGAUUGUGAUAUGGGUGUUGUAAAGCUCUCUAGAAAUAUAGAUUUAAUUGAAUCCAUAAAUCAUUACAAUAAACUCAAAAUACCCCACA